AUGAAAAGUUGGUUGGAUAUAAUUGAUGAAAAAGAUAUGUUAGGAUGUAAUGUUGAAAAUAAAAAGGAUUUAUUUAUCACUAGUCCUGCACAUUUUUCAAUUGAGCUCAAUGCUCAUAGUCUGUUAGCAAUUUGUCUUCUAGUACAUCGACAUCAUAUGCCGAACUCUGCUCUAUUGAUAUCGAAUUACAAUUCGCAACCAUGCGAAGCUACUUUUAGACUUACACGAUCAAUGUCAGGAGCUUUCUCAUCAGUACUAAAUUUUACUCCCAAUCAGUUUCUUAAACGAGCUGGGAAACUUUCGAUUUUAACGAAAUUAGAGAAUAAAAGCGAGUCAGAUCAAUCAGACUACUCAUUGAAAUUUCUGAAGCAUCAUAAACGACGAAGAAAAGCUAUUUCAUUGAAUAAUCUGACGUCAUCUAUAGAUAUCAAUCUUCUCACAUAUAAUCAAAUUAAAACAACUAUUCAUCAAGCAUUUGAUGAUACAUAUAAGACUCUUUCUAAAGUUGAUAUUAAUGCUGCUCUGGAAAAUAAAAAAAUAACUACUAUAAAUAAAGUUAGUUUCGUUUAUAAAAAAAAUUUUAAAAAAAAAUAA